CUACCUCCUGGCUCCUCUGAAGAGAGGCCCAGGACACCUGUUGCUGAGGGUCCAGGUCGUUAGUGGCUCCUCCCUGGAGCCUUCAGGCUGGCUAGGUUGGGAGUUGUGUGCAGCUUUAUCCACAGCCCUAUUGAAGCAGAGAUGACUUCAACUGCCAGACCUAAGGCACACGUGGCCGCCGGAGCUAUCUCAGCAGCUGAAAAUGAAGGACCCUCCAGAGCCCCAGAAGACCCCCACCCGGGGAGUGACAUCAGUUGGGGAGCUAUUAAUAACUGCCCUCCCCUCCCUGUCAUAUUUCCUGAACUGUGUGGGGAAGGCGAUUGUGAGGCGCUCUGCUGGAAUUUGGCAGCGCGGAGGCUUGGAGAGCAGCCCCAUGCUGGCUCCUAUUCAGCCGGCCAGUUUUCCUCGAGCUUUGGAAGUUUCACUCAGCCGUGCACUCAAUGGCUUCACAAAGCUGAUUACAAGCUUCAGCGCAUUCCUGAAGGAGCCAAAAGCGACGCAGGUGCAAACGAGCCGAGGGAGCCCCUUAUCCCGGUGACAGAAUGGGACAAGCUGGGAAAGGCUUGGACCACACAAAUCCAAGGCUCACCAGGCAGCAGAGAGCCUGCCUUGGGAACCGGGGGUCAUUAUCCGUGCUAUUCAGCGGGGCCGGGGACCCCGAGGCCGGGGAGGCCAGCCGGGCGCAAGCACUACCGCCAGUGUGCGCCUGCGGCAGUAGGGACCCCGCUGGGGGCUGCAUCCCACCGGGAUUUGGGGCGCUGUGUUUGUUCCCACAGACAGUAGUCCGUGAAAUCUAUCCUGUUCGUCAAAGCUGGUGUCCGCGCUAAGGGGGAUACAGGAGAACCA